GUGUAAGGCCGAAUAUCACAAAUACUUUAUCAAAAUAAAGUUUUUUUUUCCUCAAGUGGCCAAGAUGUUGAUAAAGGUAAAAUCCCACUAUUAGAAUCUUUCACAAACACGACUAACUGUGCCGACCUGACAGAAUUUGUGACACUUACACCUUGCAGUAGGCAGGAUUUUAGAAAAUAUUUAUAAUUAAAUACAAAAUUACCAUCUGUGGUGGUUGAUUUUUUUGAUUGAAUGUGCCCUGUAUCCUGUCUUUGUGAUACUCAGAUGUUCCUGUCCUGCAACAAGAAAGUGAAGGGCCUUCCUCUCCAAGUUUAACAGAUACAUUGUCAAUCUCAAGCAGUCUAAGUAGCGACACAAGUGAUGCUGGAUUUCAAAUGAUUCAACCUGUCAUGGAAUUUACCCGUGCAAGAAAUACUGUGGAGCAGAUUCUCACUUCCAAGCCUGCAGGGAUGACUGUGAUCAAAGAGUAUGAAGAUUCCACCAGGAGAGCUGUAAGUAAAGCAAUGAAGGAGUUUCAUGCCUUUGGGAUUGUGUCGCUCUUCCCAUUUUUGAAAGACCCAUACUCAAAAAAGGGAUAUGAACAUUUCUAUGACAUGCAGAGCAACAAAGGCUUUCUUGAGUGGAGUAUAAAAACUGUGCAGCGUCAAUCCAAAACCUCAUCUGCAUCCCGUAACAGAGUGGAGCUGAAAGGAGGUCCCACAUCGUCAAGAACAUCUGGAUCCAUAGAUGACCAGCAAACAGGAGAUGAAUGUAUGGAGGCCAUGUCUCUUCUUCACCACAUCACUGACCGUGACUUUGUCUUCCAGAAGAAGAAAAACAUUCCAUUAUCGGCAAAAGAUGCUCCAUGACCCACAGCAAUCGGCAGACAUACUUCAAAUGUUUCCUCGUUUCUUGGACACUAAGGGACUGAUUUUGCAAGACUUCUUGAUGAUGUUUGGAGCAGAGACUGCUUCCAGGUUCCUGGAAAAAUGGAACACCAGUUUUAAAGACAAAGUCAUUCAAGAGGCCAAGACCCUCAGAGAGACGUCUCUCCUGAAAAAACAGCUGAAAUCUGCCCCGAAUGAAGAAUCUGACACUGCUGAUGAGCCAGAGUGGGACAGCGACAUGGCAUCUCUUCUUGUAUUGCUCCAUCUGCGAACUCCUCAACCAGCUGGAAGGAAGCGGCCCAAAAAGAUCAGUGUUGGAGAGGCAACUGAUCAUUUGGUUAAAUUUCACAAGUCUUGCCACAGCCUUGAAGAACAUCUCAUGAUGAUCGAAGGAAACCCCCAGCCGUAUCUGCUGGCCAUGGGGACUUCAAAAGCACAGGUUUUCACCUUCUACAUAGUCUUGGAUAGAAAGCUUCUUCCAUGUCAGUCUUCUACAUCUCUGGGCGCAUUUGAUGAGCUGUUCAAGUCCCAUUUUGUUUUCAGUGUGCAAUAUGAUGAUGCUCUGUCGAGCUUGUACAGAUUCCUGCAGACUACUCUGUACAAUAUCGAUAUAGGGACAACAGAAGAAACUCCAAGAGUCAAAGAGUUAAGAGCAAAGCUGUUAAACAAGCACUAAUUUGCUAAAGCAGCAAACAUGUUCAGAUGUAUCCUUUGUGCGUCAUCCUUUGAUACAGUUUUACUUCUGUUCAGGCACCUCAAACUAAUUCAUGCAAUGUAUUCUGGGAAAAAUUUGAGACUAAAAUGUGGUCAAAUAGGAUGUUGCUUGCAAUUUUCAAGUUAUUCUGGAUUUAGAAGACAUCUAAUUAAGAUACAUGAUCCUACUGACAACACAUGUGUACCUCAUGAAACCCCUUCCAACUAUGACACUCAACUGAAUAAAUGAAUGAAAGUUUAUUCGGUUACAGAACAUAGAACAUAAUAUAUGUACAGCAAAUUCAUUAGAAACAAGGGUGGUAACCGAAAAGGUAUAGGCUGAAGCCGUGGCUUAUUACGCCUAACCUAUUUUA